AUGAGGGUCCACAACCUGGCAAUGGGAGGCCCCAGAGCCCUCCUGCUGUGCCUCUUUGGGGCUGUCCUCUUCCUCACAGGUAUUCAGACUUUUGAGUUCAGUGGGUCCCAAGCCCUGCAAUGCUACAGCUUUCAACACAUCUACUUCGGGCCCUUUGACCUCAGUGGCAUGAAAUUCCUCAAUGUCUCCUGUCUCCUCGGAUGCUCUGAGGCUGUCUUAUCCCUGAACACUGGGUACGGCUCCGCAGUGACCAUGGUACAGAAGGGCUGCUGGACUGGCCGGGCUAUGGGCCAGAUGCAGCGGAAUGACAAGGCGCUGCCGCCUCACUACUCGGUGGUGCGCGGCUGCGGGACCGACUUUUGCAACGCGAACCUCCAGACCCACGACUCCCUCCCCAAUCUGAGCCGAGCGCCCAACCCGCGGACGCUCAGCGGCGCCAAGUGCUACUCCUGCGUGGGGAUCCACCCGGAGGACUGCACCCCGGAGAAGUCCCGGCAGGUCCAGUGUCACCAGGACCAAAGCAUCUGCUUCCAGGGCAAUGGCAGCAUGACCUUUGGAAAUUUCUCGGUCCCUGUGUACAUCAACCGGCCCUCCUGCACCAUCCAGGGCACCACCAGCCCACGGACAAACAUCGACCUCCAGGGCUCCUGCUGUGAGGGGCACCUCUGCAACAAGGACUCCAUAAGCCUUCACCAGCGCCUUGGGCACCGUCCCUCUUGAGGCACCCCCCCAUCAUAGUCCUGCUCCACAUGGUUUCCCUGCUGGUUAGCACUCCGGGAGGACCCCUCGGGCAUAGUCAGCCCCUCCAGCCCCUUCCUGAGCAGGAUGCUGGGGCCAGGGCACACGCACCCCCUUCUCACUGCUUCAGUUCCUGGAAUGUGGAAAAUAAGAGUUGCACUCCUGUCUCUGUCUCUCUCUCUCUCUCUCCCUCCCGCUUCCCUCCUGACGCCCAGCCCUUACCUGGUCAGCAGGCCUGGGAGAAAUUGGGCAAGGUCCCCAGCGUCCCAGGGUGGGGAGAAACAUCCCAGCCCGCAUGCAGAGCAAACCUGAUCAUAGAUCCUGCUUGCUGAGCACCAGCCAGGCCCAGGCUCCCCACAACCCCAUUUCCUGGUUGUGGGUUUCCUGGUCCUAGGCUCUCCCUCCAGAGCCUGGAGCCAGGUGCAUGGGUUCGAAUUCCAGCUUCAGCAUUUUGCCUGUGGGUGACCUUGGGCAAGUUACUUAAUCUCACUGAGACUAUGUUUCCUCACUUGUCAGGCAGAGGUGAAAAUAAAACCUACAGUAAUGACAAGGUCCUACUUCACAGUGGUUGUGGUCGGGAUUUAAUGAAUUCCCUCUCUCUGUCA